CACUUAUUCACUUGUUUUAAGGUUACGUGCGUGAUGAUAUUAGAGUGUUCCUAAGUAAAAUCAGUCACCAAAAAGUAAGAAAACUGAAAGAUGAGUGAUAAAGAACGCAUGCCAUCCGUUGAUUUUUCGAAACUAAAGCAAUCUGACUUGAACUUCAUUAAGCUGGUGGAGAAGCAAAACCGGGAACGUGUGGAGAAACUGAAACGCAUUCGCCGCAAUAACAACAUCACUGGUGCGAUCAUCGGAUGCGGCGUUCUGGGUAUCUAUUUCUAUUCUAUGUACGCGGUGAGACAAGAGCGUUUCCUCGACGAUUUUGACGAACCAAUUAAGAUAGUGGAAAAGCAAUAG